AUGCAGGUAGCUGAUUUGUAUGCCGACUUUAUCGAUCUCACCAGUGAGAUAUACGGAAAUGCCAAAAGUAAGCUAUCUCUCCAAUGUUCACUGGACCUGACAGACAAUCAAGGAUUGAAAUCACUGAAUCCAAAUUUAGUUGCAGCCAAAGUGAGCGAAAGUAUGAAAAAUGUUAUGAGCUUAGCUGAAGGCUCUUCAAGCUCUAGGCUGGAUGACCUGUCUCUAGAAGAGGAGAAAUGGUUACAGAAGACUGCCUCAACAUUUGCUAGACUCAAGCUCAAUGGGGAAAAAAAUUCUAAUGGUCAUUUCAAUUUGCUCAACUUUCUUGAUUGCUGUUGCAUUGGCUCCUCAACAGCUGUUCAAUUUAGUAUUCAAAGCAAUGCUGUGGUCUGCACCUCCAAUGCUGCUGAAGAAAUAGAGAUUGCGAACAGUGCAGAAGAAAACCAUGUUUAUGACUCAGUAAUAUAUACAGGAUAUCAGACCUUCCAGCCCAAGACUUCAGACGACCUAACUGAAACGAUUAAUUCAAAUGCUACAAGUAUUUCUGACCUAAGUAUCCAGCCUGAAACUUCGGAGAGCCUAACUGAAAGCAUCCCAACCAGUAUUGCUGACCAAACUUUCCAGCCCAAGACUUCAGAGAGUCAAACUGCAACUGUUAGUAGAACCUCUACCUGUGUUGCUGACCAAACUCUUAAUGUUUCCAAAUGCCCAACUGAAACUGAUCCAGUUUAUAUUAAUAUGGCUUGCCAAACUACUGUCAAUGAAAUGAAUAAAUGAAAACAUUUGAGCAGCCUUAAAUAUACUGAAAUUUUAUUCUACAAAAAUGUAACUUCCUUCAGAAUGAAAAAAAAAACAAGUUUUGGGCAAUUAUAUGGAAAAAAAAACAAGUUUGGGACAAUUUUUAAAAAAUGUUUGAUUCAGGUCUUUUUGAAUGAUUGUUGUGUUUUUUUAAUUUUAAAAUAUUUUUUGUGUGUGUUUUAGAUCUAUAUGUUAUCACUGUAAAAUUGAGUUGUUUAAUUUCAUAUGCAUAAGUCUUGUUAAGUUUUUCAGUAUUUUAUAGAGAUAUUUCCUUUUGAUACCAUCAUAAGCGAUUUAAGUUGAUGUACUAGUACAUUGUUUUCUUGAAAUUUUUUUUAGUUUGUAUUUAUGUUAUGAGUGCUGCUUUCAAUCUGUUAGUAUUACUUCUUCCAAAAUUCUUGAUAUUGGUUAGUCUAAUUGUGAAUUCAGGUGUUUUCCUCCAUUUUUUUUAGCUCUGUUGUAAUUUUGGUCCUCUCCUGGUGCUUUGUAAUUUUUUAUUUCUGAUGUUUAAAUUAGAGUUGGUGAGUUUAUAGUGUUGGUAGGUUUAUUGUGUUGGUGGCUGUUCAUAUUUUCCUUUGUCUCCAUCUUGUUUUAUUUAGGAACUCCUCAAAGUAUUCAGCCCAUUUGUCAAUGACCCUUCUGUUUUUUUUGUGACGAGGACACCAUUAUAGUUCUCAUACAUGUGUGAUCUGCUUGAAAUCCAUUCUUGUCAUCUCUUAUUUUCAUGCCCAUUCCUCUCGCAUCAAGGUUCUCAAUGAGUGCUCUUUGUUUUUUUUUGAUUGCCUCAGUUUUAUUCUUUCGGACAGAUUUUGUAACCCUUCGCCUUGCUUCUUUGUACUGCUUUCUGGUUUCUUUCUUUAGCAUUAUUUGUCUGUUCAAUAUGCCUGCAUUCUAUAUGUCAGACUCUCCUUUUCUUUUGCUUAAAUCCAACCAUGUCAUCUGCUUUACUUUUAAUUGCAUGUUGUUGUUUUUUUAUUGCUCAUUUGUUAUAAUUAGGAUUACCCACAGGCUAUGUCUGUUGUGCUUCAACAAUUUAUAUUUUGGUCUGUGAAUUCUAGUAUAUGCUUCAUUUAAUUGGAGUGGCCAGCUUUAAAUUCCUUCCCAUACACACUUCUGGCCUGUGAACUGUUCUCACGUAACAUUUUGACCCAAUAUCCCCCAUCCAAUUUCAAUACUCUUCUAAGAUAUUACUUUGAAUUAGAGCGGCUCACUUAUAUUGAUCUCCCACACACAAACACAUCCUUCUGGCGUUUUUUUUUUUUACCACCACCCCAACACACAAAAUAAAAUAUCUAUAUCUGCUUUUUCUUUUUAAAACAUUUUACACACAUAAAACUAAAUUUUUGUCCUAGCUUUGAUAGAAAAAAAAAGAUUGUUUUCAUAUAAUGUCUACAAAAACAAGUUAGGGGCCACAUACUGCCAUUGAAAUUUACUUUCAAAAGGAGUUGUUUUUUUAAAUGGUGAUUAAAACAGAAAGAAGUAUAAAAUUGUCUUUUUGUUAUAGCAACUCGAAGAUAAAAUUGGGAAUGAAACAUCAUUUUGGGAAGUUUUAAUUGCUGUAGUUUCCAUUUGUGAACUGGCUUAGUUGUUCUAGAGCAGGGGUUCUCAACCUGUGGGUCGCGACCCCCUUGGGUGUCGCCUAAGACCAUCGAAAAUUUGGAUUGUUUUUAUCUAUUCUUUUGCUGUGUGUGUGUGGGGCGGGGGGUUGCGGCCGAGUAGGGGAUUCUAAAAAGGGGUCGCCAAGCUUAAAAGGUUGAGGACUGCUGUUCUAGAGACAAGUUAAGUAAUAACAAGUUAAAUUUGUAUUUUUUUAGUUCACCACAAUCGGGGUACCGUAACUAGUGAAAGGUGAGGGAAUCAGUAAGUGCCCUUAGAAUUAUAGUCUAGAUUGUAAUUGUCCUUUUCCAAUGCUGUUAGAUGUGUUAGGAAUUCUUAAGUUUCUGCAUCAAGUGGGUCUAUCAUGAGAUUUUGAGUAUCAUAUUGCUGUGCUACUUUGGUUAUUGUAUAUUUUACUUUUACUCUUUGUCUAAAUUUAGCUUUGGCGACUAGAUGGUCUGCAUCUGUUUCUCUGAAACUUCUUACAUGAAAUACAUCAAAUCUACAUCUUUUAUUUAUGAUUAUCCAUUUAUGAUCUAUUGGAUUUUGGUUUUUCCAUCAGGUGAGAUAUAUGUUGCUUUGUACAUUUUCUUAUGCUGGAAUUUAGUGCUACAGAUAGACAUUCCUUUUCCUGAGGCCAAGCCCAGUAAUGUUAGAUCAUCAUUAUUUGCCUCUUCAUAUAAGUUUUCUUUGCCGAUUAUUGGUCUGAAGGCGAAUUCUUUUCUAAUGUUGGCAUUGAAAUCUCCUAGAACUAUUUUGAUGUCCUGCAGUGUUGCCUUGUCAUAAAUUCUUCUAGUCCAUCAUAAAAGGC